UCCCGUAAUCGAAAGCCGCAAAUAAAUCAGAAUUGAUAAAAAAGUUUUCAAGUCCGACAGCGAGUCGGUGGAGAGAGAGAGAACUUAUACUCUCCCGCACGAGUACGCGACGAACGCUCUUUUUCCCUCACAGAUCCCGGCCGAAUCUCCGGUCAUCCUUUCCGGCGUCCUCUCCGGCGUGUUCUCCGGCUCCGACAUCUCUCUCUGGAAUGCUCCUCUCAGCGUCAGAAUGUUGGUUCUUUACCCCGCCGCUGCUGUGUAAUUCUUCAGUCUCCGUUUCGAUCUCUCGUUUUCCGAACCCUUCACCGGUAUUCGAAUCUCAUUCUCUUUCUGCCUGACGUGAUUGCAGCUUUUUUCACUUGAUUUUUGAAACUAGAUUCUUAUGUUCCUUUUUAAUCACUCCCAUUUUCUUUCUCCUUUUCGAUCUUUCUACUUGUUCCUUUUUGGUUUUCGGAGUAAUUUGCGUUUCAACUUACUGAGUUCCUUCUUAGGGCAGUGAUUGCAGGGUUUUCUUCUUAGCUUUGCCUUUCUUUUCUAGUGGAGAUUCUCGAUCCCAGUGCUUCUAACUUCCAAUACUCUGAUUUUAAACGCCGAAUUGAACUUUGAGACCUCGAUCAGUGAGCUCCUCCCAGAAAACCCAGUAGCAUUAAAUUGUGUAAUUUGAAAAUUUUCUUGGGUUUAACAUGCCGUGACGUAAGAACUGAUGUGAUGGUUCGUGUGAACAUGCUGAAUUUUCCGUCUGCAUUAUUCAGUCCCUUGUUCUCUGUCGAUUGAAUGGCUUCUUCCUCUCUCUUUCUCUCCCUCUUUGUUCAUAUCCAUGGUCAUUGGCUUCUUACUUCUUGAAACUUGGGAUCUUACCUCCCAAAUUUGCCGCUCUUAGCUUCGUCUGCCUGAAUUUUCUACAACUUGGUUGGUUCCUUGUCCUGAGGUGGAAGCUUGAAACCAGAAGCUUUAAGUGUUGAAAUGAAGGAGAUACAAAGAAGAAAAGUCCGUAAUAAUAUGGAGAAGCCUUUCCCUGGGUGCUUGGGAAGAAUGGUGAACCUGUUUGACUUGAGUGCAGGCGUUAGUAGGAACAAGCUUCUCACGGAUAAACCCCAUUGUGAUGGUUCUGUACUCCGAAGAAGUCAAUCAGAUGCAUCAAUGAUGUCAAAUCCCUCCAAUGGCAGUCAUGUAGAGGAUGGACUGAGAUAUCCAAUUGKGAAGGCAAAUGGAACGCCCAUGAAGAUGCUCAUAGACCAGGAAAUGUCCAAAGAUUCCGAGUCUAAGAUUGCUCCCCCAAACGUUGUUGCAAAGUUGAUGGGGCUUGAUACUCUGCCAGAGCAGGGUUGUUCAGCUGCUAAUAGAACACCUUCAAGAGGUUCUCAGUGUACAGUUAAAGAAUCUAGGCUGCCGCCAGAGUGUAUAGAACAGGAGGACGACUGUUUGGAGAAGAGAGCUCUAUAUCAAAUUCAUCAAAGCUCAGUAGACGUUUACGGAAUCUGGCAGCAAUGUUUGAAAACAAAUUAUGACAGAGAAAAAUUKCAGUAUGGAAGCUUUGACAAUAAUAUUGAUGAAAAGAAGAUGGCUCUUGUUCGUCAGAAAUUCACGGAAGCAAAGCGUCUAGCUACAGAUGAGAAACUUCGGCAAUCUAAAGAAUUCCAAGAUGCCUUAGAAGUUCUCAGCUCCAAUAAAGAAUUGUUUGUCAAGUUUUUGCAAGAACCCAAUUCCUUAUUUUCUCAGCACAGUUUUCAACUUUGUUCACUUCCUGCAUCUCCCACGAAGAAGUGUAUCACAAUCCUUAGGCCCUCAAAGUUAAUUGGUGAUGAGAACUUUUCUGAAACAGARAAAAGGUGUGAGAAUCAGAUGAAAAAACCAGCUCAGGCUUGCCAUUCAACUACUCGUGAUAAGUCUAGUAAUGUGCCUACUUUGUCAAACCAGAGAGUUGACGAAUAUGUUCAACCUACGCGAAUAGUGGUAUUGAAGCCUAACGUUGGUAAGAAUCAUGGUGUUAAAACUGUGGUAACUCAACAACCAUGCUCGUCACCUAAUAAAACCUCUGGAAAUCUUGACGAGGAAGCUGAGGUAGUUGAGGUGCCAGAAUUAGGGGAAGUAGAAAUUGAGAUCUCUAAACAGUUGAGUGAAAAUCAAAUGGGACAUAGAAGGGAUGAAACUUUGAUUUCCUCUGUCUUCUCUAAUGGUUAUACUGGUGAYGAGAGUUCAUUUUACAAGUCAGAGAAUGAGUAUGCAGGGGCAGAUAUCAGUGAUUUAGAAUUAAUGUCACCAUCUUCCAGGCAUUCUUGGGACUACGUUAACAAAUUUGAUAGCCCAUAUUCUAUAUCCUCCUUUAGCCGUAUUUCAUGUUCUCCCGAGUCAUCAGUUUGCCGAGAAGCCAAGAAGCGACUUUCUGAAAGAUGGUCAAUGAUGGCAUCAAAUGCUCAUUCUCAAGAACAAAGGCAUGUAAGAAGAAGCUCUAGUACUUUGGGUGARAUGCUCUCUUUAUCAGAUGCAAAAAAGUCCAUUGGAUCUAUUGAUCCGAUUUCCAAUGAGGAAGAGUGCAUGGARUUUGCAUCCUGCUUAAGUACUGACUUCAGUAAGGAAGAUAUUGGCAGUUCUCCUAGAAGUCUCCAGAGGUCAAAGUCUGCCCCAGUAUCUCCAUUGAUGCCCUGUGUCAGACUAGGCCUUGAAGCUUCAACUUCUGCUACUGACAAAACAGAUGCUACCCUGGAGAAAGCUAGUUCAACAAAAGUUAAAUCCUCGUUUAAAGGAAAAAUUUCUAGUUUAUUUUUCUCUAGGAAUAAGAAGCCGRGCAAAGAAAAACGKAAUGCAUCUCAAUGUAAAGAGGAAUUGGAUAAUUCUGUUGCAGAAACACUUGGGCCUUCUCUACCUUCUGGCAGGAUUGGUGAUGAUGCAUCUUUYGUCARCAAUAGUCGACUUGAAGAAUGCUCAUCCCCUGCUUUGUGUGGAUCAUCAGGGACAUCUCCCGAUCUAACCAGCAAAUUGGGCAUGGUCUCUCUUGAGGCAGGGUUGCCUUUCUCUAGGCAUUUAAUACCUGGAAAUGCCAGUGAGAAUCUAGACCAUCCAAGUCCAUGCUCUGUUUUAGAACCACCGUUCGAUGAGGAUGACAAUGUAACUUGCUUGUCUUMUGKYUAUAUGAAGUCAAACUCAAGAGGAAUUCAACUGCCUACGAAGUCCAACUUAAUUGACAAAUCACCUCCCAUAGGAUCCAUUUCUCGGACCUUGACAUGGGAAGAUUCAUAUUCAGAAGACACAGAUCCAUAUUUGUUUAAACCCUCGUUAGCAUGUGAAGAUACAGAGGAAGAGGAACACAAGUGGCUUGGCCUUGUCCGAACUCUUCUCUCGGAAGCUGGCCUCGACGACAGCGUGCAGUGCGACUCAUUUUUCUCAAGAUGGCACUCUCUCGAAAAUCCAUUGGAUCCAUCGCUGAGAAACAACUUUGCCAAYCUAAGUGAUAAAGAACCAGAGCAGGAGGCUAAACGAAGGCAAUCAAGAUCGAACUGGAAGCUCAUAUUCGACAGCGUCAAUGCAGUCCUGGUUGAUAUCACAGGCUAUCAUUGGUCGGACAGGAGCACACUGGCAAUGUCGUGCAGCUGGGUAAAUGCCAAUGGUCCCCCCUCACAAGCUCUGGUGGACAGCGUGUGGGACCGACUGAAGGACUGGGUGUCGGGUGAAUCGCGGUGUGUUGGUUAUGAGAUCGGGGACCGGGACAGUAACAGCCUGGUGGUGGAGAGGGUAGUUGGGAAGGAGGUUGUGGGGAAGGGGUGGAUUCUUCAGUYACAAGAAGAAAUGGAUGAUUUAGGAAAGGAAAUAGAAGGCAAAUUGCUGGAAGAACUUGUGGAGGAGACACUGCUCGAUUUGACAGGUUCCUGCCCAUGACUACUCUCUCUCUUUUAUUCUUAUUAUAUUAUAAUWUUUUUUUCUUCAUAUACAGCCAGCCUCAAAUAUGUUGUGCCAUUUUUUUAUUUUUGUGUGCAUUUUAGUUUACCAUCCUCUACUGUACAUUUUUCAGUUGAACUGCACAUUUCCUUUGGAUUUUUCUAUGGAAUAAGACUAUAAAGUUAUCUACCAGCAAUAGAAUCAUUUUCUCUCUCA